UUUAAUUCAAAUCCAUUACAAAAUAUCUUAAUACAAUUUGUCUACUUAAAGAGUCUUAAGUAAAUUUAAUGUUUUUCUGUUGUAUCUAUAGUUUUUAGAAUCCUUUAAGCCGAAUUAUUUCGGGAUCACAUCAGACGUUUUAAAAUAGUGCACCAUUUUUUUCUGAUUUCAUAAAAAUUUGUACAUAAACAUUACACUGUAUGUCCGAUAAACUGAAAAUGAAUGAUAAGAUUUUGCUAAAAACUGUUAAAUUGGCAAAUAACAAAAUACGCUCUAAAAACCAGCAUCAAAACCUCAUUAGACACAGGCCAAUGCACACUGAAACAAAGAAGAGCAAGUCGUCCGUCCGUCCAUGCGACCCCUCAUACAAAACAAGCGAAAAUUAAACAGAAUUUUAUAUUUAUUUCAAUGAACUCGUAUCUCUAAUACGCCGGCGUGUGGGUGUGAGACUGAAUUAAAAAACAAAACAAAUAAAUUUUAAAUUCAAUGCUGUUGAUGAUGAUGGUAUUAAAUUAAUGCAGAGAAUAACCAUUAUGCAAUAUGUAGUUACAACCAUUUUUGGGAAAAACUAACAAAACAUCAGCUAGGUAUCAAAAAUAUGUGCAAAAAAAAUUAAAUUUGCCUAUUUUUCAUUCAUAUAAUUUUUUUUUUUUAUUUGAACUGAAUUCGUACGUUAUUAAAAGUUAAUAAGUUUAGGUGUAAAUGUUUAACAUACUUUAGUAUAGUGCUAAAAAUUAAACCUUAAACAUACGAAACGAAAAUCGCUUUAACAAUAAUUAACGAAAUUUUUGAAAUAUAGUAAUGAAUGUCCUUUUUAUGGGCUUGAGACGAAAUACCUAUUUAUAAAUAAAAAAAUAAACAACAGUGAAGAAAAAAUAUUACCCAAAGAAAUGCAUUUAAUAAGUGGUCUCAUUGUGUUUUUAAGUUGUUUGCUAACUUUAUGUCAAACACAAACCUACAGAUAUCCAGCUCAAAGAAGAGCAGGCUACAGUUACAGUCAACCAUCAUACGCAUCAUCAUCAUCAUCGACAUCAUAUUAUAAUCAACCUAAAGCUUAUUAUCAAUCAUCAGCAAAUAUAAAUACCCCAGCCAAAACUUCUUCAUAUUACAAUAGCCUCUCCAAUCCCGCUUAUACAAAUUCCUACACCAAGCAGUCAGCUCAAAGGAAUUCAUAUCCCUAUAGCAGCUCAGCAGCCUCCUAUAGUUCUUACAAACAACCGGUAACCAAAAAAGCCACUACACGUCCUUACAGCCAAUCUUCAUCAUUAACAAAUUCUAUAAAUCGCAAUUAUGAAGCAACACCAUCGCCAUCAAAAGGAUAUUAUCGUAAUUCAAUAACUAGUACAGCAGCUGCUAAUCCCUACUCCAAAGGAUCUUACAGUUCGGCCUCCAAUUCCCUUAAUACUAAUCAAUAUUUAAGCAAUUCCUAUAAUUCGGAUAAUUAUAAAAAGAAUACUGCUAGUACCUCAAGUACUCAAGUGAAUAAUAACGACAAAUAUAGUGUCAGUAAAGCCGAUUCAGAAAAUGCCAAAUUUGCGGGUGCUGACAAUCAAGAGAAUGACGAAGACGCCCGUACCGUUCAUUUGAAACGUAGAAAAUUCCAUCGGCGUUUUGGUGGAGGCUUGUUAAAUCCCUGUUCACCCUUUGGCAGAGAUGCUGGUAACGGUGUAACACCGCCUCCUAAAGAGCAAGGACGUUUCCUGUGGGACGUUAAUGUUUACAAUGUUUUUCCCCAAAGUUCAGCUGGCCAAGGUUGUGGCGGUUAUGGUGGCCUUGGCGGUGGUCUUGGUGGGGGUUUGGGAGGAGGUUUAGGUGGUGGUUUAUUAUCGGAUCCUAUUGCACCCGCUUAUUAUCCGCCUGGUGCGGGCAUAGCUAACUUUUUGGGUUUAUUUGCGCCUGGUAUAUUACAAAAUUCCUUAGCGGUUACUGGACGACCACCACAAUAUGCAGACUAUGGUCAAGCAUCCAAUCAAAACAAUGAUUUACAAAACGACCCGGAAGUUGAUCCAAACUAUAGGCCUGAACCGGCUCCAUUGCCAGUUAGAAGGCCGAAUCGUGUUUUCUACGAUUCAGCUGGAGCGCCUCCUGUAACUCCCGGUCAAUUAGUGGGUGGAAUUGCAACAACUGUCAACGGCAUUAUACAACAAUUAACCGGCAACGUGCAGCCUGUUUAUGGUUGAUGCUCUGGAGUAUUUUCAACCGUUGCUAAUAUUAUUUUAUAAGAUGUUUUUUUAUACAUGUUUUUAUUGUUA